AAAAAAAAACAACCACAUGGUCUCAUAGACUCAUAUGCUGGUGAUUGAUAAUACUCAUACGCCAUCUAGUGUCAGCAGGUAGUAAUACAGUGUUUAGGGACGACCUCAACCCAGCCCUUAUUUGUUUUUGUUUCCAAGUAGCCAGACUUUCUAUUAAUUUUUGAAAGUGGUCUUAAACAGUAAUUCUUCAGAAUUUUUUAAGCUAAUGUGUUAUUGUCUAUAGCUCCACAGGUUUUAUAGUAAGUUAUUCAAACUCUGGACUUUGUUGGUAGAGUGUAUUUCAGACAGCAUGUUUAGAUCAACAAAAUCACAUAUUUACCACUUUAUUGUCCCAAAUGUUUUUCAUUAUGCUAAAACAGGAUUUGCAUAUUUGCAGCACUGUUGCAAAACAUUGAAAAAGUAAGAACAAAGAAACAUUUUUGGCUCUUCUAUACACCUCCUGAAGUUCAUGACCCACCUUUUUGGGGCAGACAGUUUGACGUUUCUCACUCAGGUCUCCUCCUGCUCAGUGGCGGUUUGACCCCCUGAUCCUCACAGACAAAGUAUUCAGAGUGGUCAGACCACAGAAGGCGCUCUGCACACUGAAAGGAUGAAGGCUUUUCACUGGAUCCUCCUGUAUUGCGCUGCACCCCUGCUGUCUGAUGUACAGGGCACAUACCACCUCAUGGCAGGGGAUCCCGAGCUAAUGGCUGCUCAGAGUUAUGCUCAAACCAGAAAUAAUGGGCGCCCACCGCUCAGGACCCUGAAUCCAGCAAUUCACAGAAGUGACUACACGUAUAGAGAAAGGUAUCACUACCACUACCAGCCACCAAGGAUCCCUCCACCGGUAGUGUAUCACCCCUUUCCUCCAUCUCCACCAGUGACUUACCACAGACCCCCAGGCCCCAUAUCACCUUUUCACCACACAUUCAAAGGCCCACAUAUGCAUCACAUACACAAAGCUGUCUCACCACCACUGGUUCAUCAUCCCCAACAUGGGAUCAAAGACCCGUUCCCUUACAAAGUGAAAGGUCUCUGCCCCUCACCUGUGGUACGCCCUCCAACUGAACCAGAACCGACAAUUCUACCAACCCUGCCAGUGAGUACAGUGCCACCGGUGACUGCUGUGCCGCCAGGGAAGACCACCACUCCUGUGACGCUACCGGUCAGUACCCAAAGCGGCUUCAUCACCACCGUCAGUCCUGUGCCGACAGAGACAGACUCUCAGUGCAGAAGCCGUUCCCUGGACCUGGUCUUCAUCAUUGACAGCUCUCGCAGCGUGCGUCGAGGAGAGUUUGAGAAGGUUAAAAUCUUUCUGGCCAACAUAGUCGACACCCUUGAAGUGGGCUCAGAUUCCACCAGGGUGGCUGUGGUCAACUACGCCAGCACGGUCAAGACAGAGUUCCUGCUCAAAGACUAUUUUAGCAAACUAGACUUGAAGAAAGCCAUCUCCCGCAUUGAGCCUUUGGCGACUGGCACCAUGACCGGCCUCGCCAUCAAAACUGCAGCGAAUGAAGCUUUCACCGAGCAGUCUGGAGCCCGGCCUCGUUCUAGGAAUAUCUCCAAGGUGGCCAUCAUCGUGACAGACGGGAGACCUCAAGACCAGGUGGAAGAAGUGUCUGCUGCAGCCCGGGGAAAGGGUAUCGAGAUCUACGCUGUCGGGGUGGACCGUGCAGACAUGCGAUCCCUUCAGCUGAUGGCCAGCACCCCUCUGGAGGACCACGUCUUCUACGUGGAGACCUACGGCGUCAUCGAGAAGCUCACGUCCAAGUUCAGAGAGACCCUGUGCGGUGUGGACCCCUGCUCCAUGGGACACGACUGCGAACACAUUUGUGUCAACAGCAACGCCUCGUAUUACUGCAAGUGCCGGAAAGGUUAUAUCUUGAAUCCGGACAAGAAAACAUGUUCCCUGAAACAGGUGAAGGUCGAGGUGGUGGAGGAUCCCUGCAAAUGCGAGGCUAGACUGGCUUUCCAGAAGCAGACGCAGGCAGCCAUCCAACAGCUCGCAGCCAAGCUUGCUGACGUGACUGGGAGAAUAGAGCGUCUUGAGAACACGGUGGGCCGUGCCUGAAACUUUGCACAGCCAGAUGACUUUUGUUGCUCCCACAGACUACUGCAUCAUGGGGAGGAACUUCCUGCGAUCCACUCUAACUUCAACCACAGACUGAGAGAAGCGAUGACUCACAAAUCAACCCCCCAGGUUACUGACUGCUGAGCAACAAUGUCUACAAAUAAACUUUAUUUUAACUUUUUAUUGAUGAUUUUUUUCCCCCAAAUCUACUGUAAAUGUUACUUAAACUAAACCCCCAGGAGCAUAUUAAAAUAUAUAGUAAUCUAACAUUUCUUUAAUCUUUUUUUUCUAUUUUGUAUAAAUGAAUAUUGUAUAUAUUAGCCUGGUGCUGAAUUACACGUAGCCUUAAUAAAUGUGCAACUUGAAUUCAACUAAAAAUACGGAAUAAUGAAUAUUUUCCCAUUUAUCGGGUGGUGACACAAACAUGUAUCAUACCAUAUAUAUAGUAAAAAAUUCCAUUAAAAUCUAAUCUCAUAUUUGUACAUUUGUUGUUGUAUUAUUUUUGAAAUAAUAUUACAUGAUGCAUUCUGUAAAAUACAUAUUUUAAAAAAUACAAUUACUAUCUAAGGAUGUAACAGCGUUAUAGUAAAUUCUUUAAGUAGUAAAAUUCUAGCUGAUUGACUGAAAGAUGGCAUUUAUUUUGUGAAAAUAUUUAGGAUUAUAACUCUGCAUUCCAGAAUUGUUACAGUUUUUGUAAUAUUUUUUUUAGUUUAGUUUAAUUGUAUUUACUUUUCAGUGUAUUUUUCCUUGUUUAAGCGAAGCUUUUAUUGUUUGGAAAUGAUUACCGGUAGUUUCAUUGGUUUUAAUGUUAGUUUUAGUCUUUUGUAGAUGUUACUGUAUGGAGGAAAUAUGCUAAAUGUAGGAAAAUGAACACAAAUGUUACCAAAAAAACCCAGAAUUUCUUUGAAAGCAGGUAUCUUAAUUAAUAAACAUGUCUGUUUAAGCCUCACUGCUCACUGCUUACCCAAAAAGAUUACUGUAAAUGAAGCCUGGCACUCAAUGAUUAAAAAUCAAAAUUAAAAUUAAAUGUAUCAAACUGUCUCUGUAACUCUUCUAAAAUUCAUUCUAAGUCCUCUCAAUGAACAUCUAUCUUCAAAAACUUGAAGGCAUUUGGGAAAACAUGUCUGCAGAUACAAAAGAGUCUCUUACAUAACUGUACAUUUUUAUGGCAUACACAUAUUUCUAUGUCAACUUAGAAAGGCAAAUAUGAAGGUAAAGCGCUAACAUUUCUGUUUACAGUGCGCUGUAACACUGUUUGGCUUCACAGAACGGUAAAGAUGUGUGGGGUCAGGGGGAAAUUAGUUUUUAAACCUCUAUUUUUUUUUCACUCAAACAUCUUUGAUAGUAACACAACAUAAAGCAGGAU